GCCGCGAGAGAUUCCAGCGGGCAGGACUGGGGGAGCCGUGCGGGGGCAGCGAUAGCACAAACCGGCGACAACCCCAGCAGCAGCCACCGCGGCUCCGACCACAUCUAACAGCACAACAAGCACCUGUUUACCAUUAAUAUCACAGUCACACACACAGUGUCCCUAUCACCCUCAGCCCCACAGUGCAGGCACAGGGUGCAUGCCACACAGCUGGCCACACAACAUUCACCUGGCAGCCGCAAGGACCACAUGGCAUCAGCCAAAACAGAAAUGCUCAUCUCACCUCUGCAAAUCUCUGACCCCUUCGGCUCUUUCCCACAUUCCCCCACCAUGGAUAACUACCCCAAACUGGAAGAAAUAAUGCUCCUCAACCCAGGGGGAUCUCAGUUCCUGGGAGCUACAGUCCCCGAGGGCAACGGAUUCAACUCCCCAGGGGAUGGAGCUGACCAUUUCGACCAGCUAGCUGCAGGUAAGCAUCCUCCAACCCUCCUGUGUAAUGUAUUUAUUAAAUCCUAAAUCAGCAUCCUCUAACCCCUAUCUGUAAUGUAUCCAUUAGAUCAGCACCCCAUCACCCUCUGUAUUGGAUGCAUUUAAUCAAUUCCCUGUCACCCUCAUCUGUGAUGUACUAUUAAAUCAGCACCCUAUCACCCUCUUCUUAAAUGCAUUUUCUAUCCCCCAUGGCUGUCUCUGCAUCCUGCAUGAUAAUGAGGUCACCUGCUACCCAGCUUCUUCAUGGGUGCACCUGUAAUACCUGUUCCUGUUAGAAUAAAGCAUGAGUAUUGAUGGUAUGCUACUGUAUUGCAUGCUGCUUUGGAUGGAUGUCAUGUCAGAAUCUGUCAAUGUAAUCUAGAUUCUGUAUGUAAAUAAGACAGAAGACAGCUGAUGCUUGUACUGUAUUGGAGAAUGGGUCCAUGUUUCUUCACAGCGAUAGGAUGUGCACAUUGGUUGUGAAAGGAAUACUAAUGAAGGAUGUAGCUAGGGAUUCUCUGUUUGCGUCAGAUUUUGCUUGAUGUGAGAUUUGUGCCAUUACUCUUCCAGGAAUGUGCAGGGUGUUAGUAUGAGAUGAACAGCAGAUAUCUAUAAAUAAUCAUGUAAUAUUUCUGCAUAACAAAUGAUAUUGGGCUGGUUGCUUUGUUUAUUUACAAGUUGUAACCCAUGCUUUUGCUCUGUUUGUAGAUGCCUUCUCUGAAAUGUCACUGAGCAACGACAAGACAGGGAUUGAAACCAGCUAUGCCAACCAGAACAACAGGUUGCCAUCCCUGACAUACACUGGUCGCUUCACCCUGGAGCCUGCACCUAACAGCGGUAAUACCCUGUGGCCUGAACCUCUAUUCAGCCUGGUCAGUGGACUGGUAGGGAUGGCCAACACACCCACCUCUUCAGCUGCUUCUUCUUCGCCAUCUUCUUCCUCGUCUUCAUCCCAGAGCCCUCCUCUGAGCUGUUCAGUGCAAUCAAAUGAAAGCAGCCCUAUCUACUCGGCAGCACCAACAUUUUCCAAUUCUAGCUCUGACCUAUUCUCAGACCAGUCAUCUCAGAAUUUUCAAAACAAUUCUGGUACUUCACUUCAGUACCCACCUCCAGCCUACCCUAUCACAAAGACCAGCUUUCAGGUGCCAAUGAUCCCAGACUAUCUGUUUCCACAGCAACAGGGAGAUGUCAAUCUGGUGUCUCCAGAUCAAAAACCUUUCCAGGCUAUGGAAACCAGAACCCACCCACCUUCCCUAACCCCACUGUCCACCAUUAAGGCCUUUGCUACACAGACUGUUUCACAAGACCUCAAGACUAUCAACAGUUCAUAUCAAUCUCAGCUUGUCAAGCCAAGCAGGAUGCGGAAAUACCCCAACAGGCCUAGCAAGACCCCUCCUCAUGAGAGACCCUAUGCAUGUCCAGUUGAGUCCUGUGACAGGCGGUUUUCCAGAUCUGAUGAACUUACAAGGCACAUCAGGAUCCACACUGGGCAGAAACCCUUCCAGUGCCGUAUAUGCAUGCGGAAUUUUAGCAGGAGCGAUCACUUGACCACUCAUAUCCGCACACACACUGGGGAGAAGCCAUUUGCUUGUGACAUUUGUGGUAGGAAGUUUGCAAGAAGUGAUGAGAGAAAGAGGCACACAAAAAUUCACCUGAGACAAAAGGACAAAAAAUCUGACAAAGCAACUCCAGUCUCUGUUUCUUCCCCUAUUUCCUCCUAUUCACCAAGCGCAUCAACUUCCUACCCCUCACCUGUGCCAACCUCAUAUUCAUCUCCAGUGUCCUCUUCCUACCCAUCACCUGUUCACAGUUCCUUCCCAUCUCCUUCCACAGCAGUUACAUAUCCAUCUGUUACCUCCACCUUCAAUAGCCAAUGCAUUACCAGUUUCCCCUCUUCAAUAGUCACCAAUUCCUUCAGCUCACCUGUGACCUCUGCCCUGUCUGACAUGUCCGUAACCUAUUCUCCACGGACAAUUGAGAUCUGCUAAGAUUCUGAUAUGACAGGUGCACAAAAUUGCAUAGGCACAACGUGAAGACUUCCAAAGUAUGGUCUCAUAGAUGGGGAGAUUGAUGACCAACAGACUUACAUUAUACAGCAAGGCCAUUAUAAACUGAUAAGCUUCAAAUGCCUAAGAAACUGCCAUUUUAAUUUCCCAUUGUUUUCAAAAGACUUGAUUUGCAUGUAUGACUGAAAUAAUUUCAACAUGAUCCUUUUAAAGAUCAACUUUUAUUUGCUUAAAGGGAUUUUUACUAUAUACAUAAUGUAUAUUGUACAUGUGCAAGGUAUUUUGUUUUGUUUUUUGUUAGAAUUUUUGUUUUAAACUUUUUUUUGUACUCUUGAUGUGAAUUUUUUCCCCCCCUUGCAUAUUCAUAUGGUAUUAUUUGAAAUUAAUAGGGACGCCGUCUGUACAUGGUUUCUAGUGAUAAUGCUAGCAUACAUUUAAAAAGAACUUAUUUUAAGGAAAAGCACUUAUGUAUUCAAGCAUGUGUAAGGGUAAUUUCAUAAUUAUUUUAAUUUUGUUUCUUUUGUAAAUAUCAUAUCAUCAGAUGGUACUUUUCACAUAUGUCAAAAAAAAAAAAAGUUUUGUUUUCUGGGUUCCGUAACUUGGUGCCUUUUUGUGAAGCCUUGCUGAUGUUUUGAAAUGUGCAUUUGCGUAAAUCGAUGCAUUGCAUCUAGCCUUAAGGUGAAAGGGAAUUCUUCAAGGAAUGUAUAAAAGACCUCAAAAGGUACAGAGGGAGCGACAGAGAGAGAGAGCAUUUCUGUUUUGAAUGUAAGCAAAAACACAAAAGUAUAUUUUUGUAAUUGAAAUGUAAAUUUAUAAAUAUAUAUUCAAGAGUUGGAAUGUUGUAGUUACCUACUGAGUAGGCAUGGAUUUUGUAUGUUCUGAACAUGCGGUUCAUUAUUUUGUGGUCCUCAUUUUUACUUUGUAUUUGUGUUUUGUUUAAACAAAGUGACUGUUUGGCUUAAAACACAUUGGAUGCGCUUUACUGCCAAUAGGAUAUUUGGUGUACAACAUAUCCUGCGAAAAAAUAAAAUCUCUAAAAUAUUUUA